CCAAUGCAACCGGAGGCUGCCGAGCACCAACCUCAGGCGGCAACGGAGGCAGCACCUCUGGCUGCCGAGGCGGCGACGGGACAGCAGGACGCGUCGUCAAGCGGCCCGUGCCCAACGGACGCUCCACCCAGUGGGGUAGCGGGGUCCGAGGCGGCCGACAAGGUGCCACCGCCCGACCCAAAUGACCCGGCGGUACAGAUGCGGAUCAACAACCUCUCCAAAUGGGCGACCGUCAAGGACGUGAAGCAUCUGCUGGAGCGGCGGCUUGGCCUGACUGGCGUGCGCAAGGUGCGCAAGAUUUCCAACCAGGACUACGCGUUCGUCUACUUCCAGUCCGCACAGGAGCGCCUGGCUGCGGACUCGGGCAUCAACGGGCACAAGUGGAAGGGCAGCGUGCUGUCGACGGCGCAGGCGAAGCCGCUCGACCCGGACAGGCACCUCAAGCGCGAGAGGGAGGGCGGCGAGGGGCAAGGCGGCAAGAGGGUGUGCGCGCAGCAGGCGGGCGGGAGGGGUCGAGGAGGCAGCGGCGAGGCCGGCGAGGCCGGCGGCGCAGCGGCCGCGCGGACAGCGGCGGACGCGGCGGCGCCGCUGCACCGGCUCGAGUACGCAGCGCAGCUCGAGCAGAAGCAGCACUUCGUCGAGAAGGCGCUGCGGCGGCUGCCCCGGGAGAUGCAGGUCGCGGCUCGCUCCGACACGCAGCGCGAGCGGUGGCGGAUGCCAUGGCUGUCUCAGGAGCGGCUCAACCAGCGGCACGGCCUGCCCUGCCCGGUUGCGCCGGUCCUGCCCGCGGCGGCAACGCACGGCUACCGAAACAAGUGCGAGUUCACCCUCGGUCGCGACGAGGACGGCAGCGUGGCGGUUGGCUUCACCCUCGGCACAGUCUCGCACGAGGGCUUCUGGCGCGCGAUGCUCGCGCGCCAGUCCUUUGCGCACGCCGACGGCCCGCCGGAGCUGCUCCUCUGCGUCGCGGUCCAAGCCGCUGGUUUGCCCGAGGAGCAGGUCGCUUCCGAGCUCGCACGGCUGCGCGAGGCGUUCGUAGCGCCGCUCGACCCGCCCGUACGCCUCUCGCUUGCGGUGCGGCGCGGCGCACCUCCGGGCGAGUACAAGCACGCGGGCGAACCAGCCGAGGCGGAGGGUGUCGAGACGGUACUCGGGCGGGAGUACAUCGAGGAGACGCUGCUCGGCCUCUCCUUCCGCAUCUCGCCCGACGCAUUCUUCCAGGUCAACACGCUCGGCGCAGAGAGCCUGCUGACGCUGCUGCGCGCGCAGUGCAGCCUCGGCCCCGACUCGGUGCUGCUCGACGUCUGCUGCGGCACGGGCACCAUCGGGCUGGCGAUGGCGCGCUCGGUCAAGAGAGUGAUUGGCAUCGAGAGCAACGCGCAGGCGGUUGCCGAUGCGGCCGCCAACGCCGCCCGCAACGGCAUCACCAACGCCGAGUUCAUCUGCGCCAAGGCGGAGCAGGCGACGCGGCAGGUGCUCGAGCGGCUCACUCCGUCGGAGCUCGACUCGCUGGUCGCCAUCGUCGAUCCUCCCCGCGCCGGCCUCCACCCCGACGUGGUCAAGGCGCUGCGCCGUUGCGCGCCGCUCCGCCGCCUCCUCUUCGUCGCCUGCCACGCGCCCGCGUUUGUGACCAACGCAGUCAGUUUCUGCCGCCCCACGUCCCCCUCCUUUGCGGGCGUCCCUUUUGAGCUCGUGCAGGCGUGGCCGAUCGACCUCUUCCCGCACACGCCGCAUUGCGAGCUGGUCACUCUCCUCGAGAGGUCGGACUUGGUGGCCGAGCGCGAGGCGGCGCAGGAGGCGGCGCAGGCGGCGAAGCAGGCGCAGGCGGUGCAGACGCAGGCGGCGGAGGCAGCAUCCACGCCCACCGAUGCGGCAGAGGGCGGGGCGGUAGGCGCCGCGGCGGCGGAGGGAGCGCUAGGAGCGCCAGAAGAGUCUGCUCUCUCGCGCGCAAUCUCAAGCGCACAGGCCGUGGUCGCUAGCGCCGCGUCCGUGCCGGCGGGGGAGGCGGAGGGUGCCGCGCACGACCAUAAACAACACGCCGCUCAGCGGCCGCUGUUGGCCGAGGCUGACGGUGCAAAAGUGUAAAAGCUCCUUGUGCGGCUGCGGCAUCGCACAGUCGCGGGCUAUUUGCAGACAGAGAGCUUUACGCAUUACGGAUAAAGAGAGCAUCCG